AAGAAGACGGGCGGCAUCGUCGCGAAGGACAAGCGAAAGAACCCGAUGCGAGAGGUGCGCAUUCGCAAGCUCUGCCUGAACAUCUGCGUGGGCGAGUCCGGUGACAGGCUGACCCGAGCCUCGAAGGUGCUCGAGCAGCUCACCGGCCAGACGCCCGUCUACUCCAAGGCGCGCUACACCGUGCGAUCCUUUGGCAUUCGCCGUAACGAGAAGAUCGCCGUCCACUGCACCGUCCGCGGCCCCAAGGCCGAGGAGAUCCUCGAGAAGGGUCUGAAGGUCAAGGAGUACGAGCUGCGCAAGGACAACUUCUCGGCGACGGGCAACUUCGGCUUCGGCAUCCAGGAGCACAUCGACUUGGGCAUCAAGUACGACCCCUCGAUCGGUAUCUACGGCCUCGACUUCUUCGUGGUGCUCGGCCGCCCGGGCUUUGACAUCAACAAGCGCCGCGCCAAGACGGGCGCCGUCGGCGCGCCGCACCGGCUCACCAAGGAGGACGCCAUGAAGUGGUUCCAGGAGAAGUACGACGGUGUUAUUCUGCCCAGCAAGAAGUAA